AUGUGGAAAAUUACACUAAUCGUGAUACUGACGGUGGCGGCCGGUACAGGACGAGCGGCAGAAGUUGAUGAGGCCAAAAAUGCGAAAGAUUCCUAUUUGGCGGCAUUGAAAAAUUCACAUAAAAUUAACACGCCACCGUACAAAGGCACUCCGAUACGGAUAUCCCGCGGUGACUACAACAUCGUCCCAUCUAGCUCUUAUGACUACAGUGUGCCUUCCGCAAACUAUGGUCCUCCUGCUGGUAACGAGCUCUACCAACCGGCCCCACACAAAGAGUACGGUCCACCACCACCGAAACCCGUCUAUGGUCCACCAAAACCAAUCUAUGGCCCUCCACCGCCACCACCAUCCGGCCCUGUCAGCCAUGGCAUGCCGUACUUUAGUCCGGAAAAUUGGCUACUCAGCAAGCUGAAGUUCAAGUUCGAUCUAUUCACCAUCGGCAAAAUACUGCUCAAGCUCGUUAUCUUCAAGAAGAUUGUAAAGUUUAUCGCUCUUCUCUGCUUGCUGUUCUUCAUUCCCACACUGAAGCCGUCCGGUGGUGGUCACAGCGAUGAAAGUAGUGAGGAAGAUCGUCGACGAUCGUACGAUUUGCAAUAUGACUACGAACAACGACUUGGUGAGAUGACCAAGUUUGCGCUGACCGCACUGGAAGCAUUUACCGUAGAUAAUGCUCUGUACUGUCCGGAAGAGAAUCUCCUGUCCUGUCGCUUCAAGCGCAUGUUUGACGUGAUUGAUGAAUCGUAUCCCGUAUCGAGGAUCUACACCAUUUACCUACCUCCAACUACAACGAACAGUUCCGAACAUAGUGGCGCUUCGGAUGAGCAAACUCACAUCGAGAAUCAAGUCGACAGCAACGUUGGGCAGGAGGUAGAAUGA